AUGCAUAAUUCUCCAAAAACUGAACUAACGAAGAAAAAUUUUAAUUUUUUUGGAUCAAUUUAUUCAAAAUAUGCAAAAAGAAAUAAAAAUGACAAAUCGUCUGACAAGUUAUUGACAAAUGAAAAAGAUUCCACAUUAAAUCAACCCAAUUCAAGUAGUCUAAUAUCAAAUGGUAUUAAAUCAAAUGAUAUUAAUUCAAAUGAUAUAAAACCAAAUGAUAUUAAUUCAAAUGAUAUAAAACCAAAUGAUAUUAUAUCCAAUGAUAUUUUAACAAAUGAUAUUAAAUCGAAUGGUAUUUUUUCCAAUGACAUUUUAACAAAUGAUAUUAUAUCAGAUAAACUUUUAUCUAAUAAAUACACAUCUAAUAAAAAUAUAACUAACGAACAUAUAUUAAAUACACCCAUAUUUGUUGAACCCAUUUUUAAUGAGAACCAUAAUGUAAGUAAUGAUUUAUUUCAAUAUAAUAAAGAAAAUUUAGAAUUAAAACAUUUUAUAAAUAAAAAGAAAAAAGCAUUUGAUGAAAAAAGAAAUAUUCAAGAAAUGAAUAAUAAUGUAAAUACAUUUGUAACUUCAAAUAUGUUUACAAAUGAUGAAGACAAAAAAGAAUUGGAAAAUCAAGAAAAAAUAAAUAACGACCCUUAUAGUAAUAAUAUAAGUUAUAAUAUAAGAAAUGAAAAUUUGAAUAAAUCCAUAUUCAUGUAUGACGAAUAUACUAGUGCCAGUUGUACAGAUGAUAUAAUUACUCAUAUACCAUCAAAUUAUAAAAAAUGUGAUGAGGAACAAGAAAAUUUAUAUCUAUGUAAUAAAAGUUAUGAUAAUAUUAAUGAUUAUGGUUUUUUUCGUAUCAACUCACCCAUAGAAAGGGAUAAGCAAAAAAAAAAAAAAAUGAUAUGUACAGAAAAAAAGGAUCAUCAAAGAACUAAUCAAAAUAUUCAAAAUGAACAAAAUGAUCAAUCUUUCGAAGAAUCAGAAAAGGAGAAUAUCCAAAAGAACAUGCUAAAAGAAGGAAUAUCAAUUAAGGAUGAAUUAAAAAUGAAUGUAUUACAGAGGGAUAUAUUAAAAGAGAACAUGUUACAAAGAAAAACAUUAAAUGAAGAUAUAUUAGAUAGAAAAUCAUUAAAGGGGGAUAUAUUAAAAAAGGAUGAAUUAUCAAAUGAUACAUUAGAAAAAAAACCUAACAAUGAAAAUAUAUCCAAUUCUGAAAAGAAUAAAACAUAUAAUGAUAAAACAUAUUCUUAUGAGAAAUUUUUAUUAAAAAAUUUUUUUUCAAAAAUAUCGAAAUUUAUAUCAAGUAAUAAUGUAGAAGAUGAUAAAUAUACAAAUCAAGGAAAAACAAAAACAGAUAUAUCAUAUCCUAUGGAUAAAGAUAUACAUAAGGUAAACUCUUGUUAUUCUACAAAUGAACCUAAUGAUUAUUGUGAUAGGAAUGAAAUGAACUAUCAUAAAAUAAAAUUAAAAAAUUCAAUAGAUUCUUAUAAUCAUAUGGUUAGUACUACAAUAGAUGAAGAAGAAAAUAUGAAAAAUUCAGAUAAAUCUAUAUAUCAUGAAAACAAAUGGAAUAUGGAAAAUAAAUAUUGUAAUAAUAAUGAUUCACAUGUAAAUUUUCAUAAAAAUUUUACAAAUAUAUAUAAAAUGAAUAAUAAUAAAGAUAUAGAGGAAGAAAAAGAUAUUAGUGAUUAUAAUUAUACCAGUAGUAAUAAUUAUAUAAAUAAAAAUAUUAAUUAUCAAAGUGAAUAUUUUUAUAGUGAUGAUAAUGGAAUGAAUAAUAUAAAUGAAAAUAUACGUCAUAUGUUAUAUGAAAGAGAGGAAAAAUAUUUGAAUAACUAUAAUAGUUCCAAUUAUGAGCAAAAUAAAUAUAUGUUAGAUGCUAAUUAUCUUUAUAAUCAUGAGAAUAAAAAUAAUUUUUGUGCAUAUAGAAAUGAUUUAAAUGAAGGUAAUAACAGAUUUGCUAGAAAUAACAUGUUAAAUAAUUCUCGUAUAUCAGAAUAUCCAUAUACUGAUGAACAAAUAACAAAAUUUUUGUUUAUGCAUAUGAAUAAUCAUAUUCUGAAGGAUGAGAAAAAAUUGAGUCUAUUUGAUGACGAAAAAUGUGACCAUCAUAAUAAUCAUAAUAAUAAUAAUAAUCAUUAUCGUCAUUAUAAUAACCAUGAAAAUAAUAAUGAUAAUAACCAUCAUAAUGAUGAUGAUAAUAAUUAUCUAAAUAAUAAUAUAUUGUUAAAUACUUAUAAUUUUGUAUCACAUUGCUUAAAAAAUGAAAGGUUUAAAAAUAAUUUAAAUAAUAUAGAAUGUCAAAAAAUAAAUGAUCAAUCCGAUAAAUUAUUUUAUGAUAGUCACACAACUGUUUGUCCAUGUAAUAAGCAAAAUAAUAUUUUUAAUAAUGAUGUAAAGAAAUUAUUAAAUUUAAAUAAUGAUAAUAUAAAUUAUUCUAGUUAUAAUUUGAAUAGUAUUCAUAGAAAAUACAGUGAGGAUGUAAAUAAAUUACAUAUUAAAAAAAAUAUUUGUAAACAUUCUUGUAAUCAUAUGAAAAAAGGACAUAUAAAAUAUAAUUGUUAUAAUAAUGAUAUGAUAUAUAAUGAAAAUCAAAAUAUGUCCAUGUUAGAAUAUUAUUCUAAAGUAGCAAAACGAAAUUUUAAUAGAUUAAUUCAAAAGGGCAAUGUGCGUUCAUAUAAUAUAAAUAAAUUAAUACAUAGAAAUGAAGCAAUGACCAAUAUAUAUAAUAAUAAUAAUAAUAAUAAUGAUGAUGAUAGGGAAUAUCAUUGUGAUACACAUCAUUAUAAAAAUUAUAGCAAUGACUAUAAUAAAUAUAAUGGAAAUGAUAAUAUUUGUAACGAUAAUGACAUAUCACGCGCAUUAUUAAAAUAUGAUAAUUUUGUUCUUUCUGAUAAUAAUAAUAAUAAUAAUGAAAAUAGUAAUAACUAUUAUUUCAAGGAAAAUAAUUUAAAUUAUAAUUUAAUAAAUAACGAAAUAAAAAAAAGUCUUUCUACCCUUUCGAAUAAUAAAAAUAAUGAAAGUAAUGACAAUUAUGAAAAUUAUGAAAAUCAGGAAAAUUAUGAAAAUUAUGAAAAUUAUGAAAAUCAUGAAAAUUAUGAAAAUUAUGAAAAUCAUAAAAAUUAUGAAAAUCAUAAAAAUGUGAUAUACAAUGAUUUAUUCCACAGCCAAAUUAAUCAUAAUGUAAAAUAUGUUCAUAAUAAAGAAUGUGUUAGAAAUGAUGAAUAUAUAUUUAAAAAUAGUAAAAAUCUUUUGAAAAAUAAUGAACUUCUUUUUAAGAAUAAUGAAAAUUUGUUUAAAAAUAAUGAAAAUCUUUUUAAAAAUAAUGAAAAUAUUUUUAAAAAUAAUGAAAAUAUAUUUAAAAAUAAUGAAAAUAUAUUUAAAAAUAGAAAUAUGGAAUUUUUUAAAAAUGAAAAAAAACAAAAAUUCCAAAAUACAUUUUAUGAAAAUUGUCCAGAGGAAAAUUAUCUGAAUAUGAAAUUAAUAGAUAAUCAAAAAUUAAAUAAUAAUAAUAAUAAUAUUGAUAAUAUUGAUAAUAUUGAUAAUAAUAAUUAUAAUAAUAAUGAUAAUUUUAAAAAUAUUAGUAAUUAUAUUAAAAAUAUAAAUAAUAGUAAUAAUAUUGAUAAAUUUUUUAAUCAUUUUAAAGAUGAUAAUAUGGUCAAUAUUUUGAAUGAUGAAAAUCAUAUUAAUUAUCAUGCAACUAAAUUUACUAAUGAUAUGAACAAAUUAAAUAAAGGCACCCGCUUAUCCUAUCAAGAUAAACAUCAGACCACAAAUGAACAAAUGGUGAAUAAUAUGAUAAGUUAUGAUAAAAAUUAUAAUACUGAAAAUAAUAAUAAAAAUAAUAAUACUGAAAAUAAUAAUAAAAAUAAUUGUGAUAAUAAUAAUAAUAAAAAUAGUAUUGAUGGUAUUGAUAGUAUUGAUAGUAUUGAUAGUAUUGAUAAUAUUGAUAAUAAUGAUAAUAUUGAUAAUAAUAAAAAAAAUGAAUUAAAUAAUAACAACUUAAUUCAAGAAUAUUGUAAUUAUAAAAUUUAUAUACAUAACAAUGAAAAGAAUGUUGGAGAAUAUUUAUCAUUAAAUAGACAAAAAUUAAGUGUAAGUAAAAAAAUAGAAAUAAUAAAAAAAAAUAAUGAAAUAAAUUAUAAAAGGAAAAUAAUUGAUGAUACUUCAAGAAAUAUUAUAUCAGAUAAUUAUUAUUUUCCUCAAUUUAAUAAAAGUUCACAUAAUAAUAAUAAUAUAUAUAUAUCAAAUAAAAAUAACUUGCAUGGGAUGAAUAAAUUUAAUGAUGUUACAACAAAUUUUAAAAAUAAUGAAAUAAAUCAUUUAUUUUUUCAAAGGAAUAAUCAGUUACAAAUUGAUAAAAAUAACCAAACGAAUUUUGACCAUAUAACUAAUUCUGAUAAAUUGAAAGAAAAUAAAUUUAUUAUAUAUAAUAAUAAAUUGCAAUUAACCAAUAAUAAUAAUAAUAAUAAUAAUGAGAAUAAUACAGAAAAAAUAAUUGAUUAUAUUAUUGAUGUGGAUAAAAUAUAUGAUAAUAAAUAUGUUAUAUAUGAUAAUAAUAUAUUACAAGUACAAAAAAAGAAAAAAAAAAAAAUGGAAAAUUAUGAUUUUAUACUAGAUAUUGAUAAAGAAUGUUCACCAAGAAAUAAAUUGUUAUUAGAAAAAUUGAAUGAAAAUAUUUCAUAUAUAAAUGCAUUGGAAUUAUCUAUAAAUAAAUAUCAUAAUCGUUCAUAUGAUUAUUAUGUCGAUAAAAAUUUUCUUUAUCAUUUACAAGAAAAUGAUAACAUAACACGAAACAAUAAAAAUGAUUACAUGUAUAAAUAUCAAAUUCAAGAAAAAAGAAAAAAAAAAAAAAAAAUUAGAGGUAGAAGUAAUAUAUAUAUGCAUGAUCAAGAACAAUUCAUUUUUAAUUCAAAUAAUUUUAUUAAUAAUAAAACAAGAGCUAUUCACUCUCAUUAUUUACAUGAUGAAAAUAAAUUAAUAUAUGAUCAUCAAUUUAAUGAUAAUAACACUCCAUAUGUAUCAUAUAAUAAUUUGAGUCGAAGAAAAAGGAAUAAUAUGAAUUAUCAUCCAGAUGAUGAAAAUAACAAUGAUGAAGAAUAUCUAGACAUAGAAGAGUAUGAUGAAAAGCACCACAAGCAUCAUUAUUCGAAUGAAAAUUAUUAUAGACACAAAGAAAAAAACAAGAAGAAUAUUAAUAAUAAUAAUAAUAAUAAUAAUGAAAAAAACAACAACUAUAAUAAUAAUAAUAACAAUAAUAAUAAUAAUUAUAAUUAUAAUAAUUACUAUUUUUGUCAUAAUAACAAAACAGAAAUGGAAAAAAUUACAGAAAUUCAAAAUAUGCUUUCCAAAAAAAUCAUCCUAGGAAAUGUAAAUGAUGAAAACUAUAAUACAAAUCAACCAAUAUAUAAUAAAAAAUUUUCUUUCGAAGAUUUUGAUUUAGAUAAUUUUAUUACUAAAAGUAUUGAUUUAGAUAACAAAGAUGAAAAUAUUAUAAAAAAUAUCUUAGAAUUAGAAAGAAGAAAAUAUGCAAUCAAUUGUAUAAUGGAAAAGCUAAGAAAAGAUCAAAAUGAAAGUGAAUACCUAUCUGAUGAGAGUGAUCAAUCUCAUGUAUUAAAUUUAAAAAUGAUGAAUACACAUAUAUAUGAUUUAUAUUCUGAUAAAUCAACAUAUAAUGUAUAUAACACAAAAAUGUGUAUCAAUUAUUUAUUAGAAGAAAAAAUGCACUCUGAAGAAAAUAAAGAAUUCAUCAAAAAUUUCUUUGUUGAAAAAAAUGCUGAUCAUAUAAACUUUAUGGAAAUAUUUAAAAAAAAAAAUAAAAAUAAAAAUAAAAAAAAUAAUAAUAGGGGAAAUAAUAAUAGAGAAAAUACAGGAAAUAUAGAAAUUAUAGAAAAUAAUAAUAAUAAUGAGGUAAAUAAAGUGAAAAAAUGUGAUAAACUUUCUGAUGAGCUAAAUAAUAAUUCAGCAAAUUGCAAUGAUAUACCAAAAAAUAAUCAACAGGAAAAAGUAAAAUAUUGUUAUUAUUUGUCCAGUGAUCAAUAUUGUACUUAUUUAGAAAUGGAGGUCGAAAAUGAAAAUAAUAAAGUGGAAACAGAUGUAUUAAAAAUACAAAAUAAAAACACGAUUAUCAACAAUAAUAAUAAUAACAACAAUAAUAAUAAUAACAACAAUAAUAAUAAUAACAAUAAUAAUAAUAAUAAUAACAAUGAUGAUAAUAAUAAUUUAUGCACGGAAAAAAUUAGUGAAUCACCUAAAGAUCAUAAUACUAAUAUUCAAUCAAUUAAUGAUAGAAACAAAAAAAAAAAUUAUUUUAAUAGCCAAUUGGAUUAUUUAAAACGUAAAUUUAGUAAUUAUAGAAAAAACAAAGAUGAAGAAAAAAAUAACAACUUAAAGUUAGAAAAACAGUUGUCAGAAAAAUGUAAUCCAACUUUAAUGGAUGGAGAUUAUUCUGCUAAUUUAUCUGAAUAUGAAAAGAAAAAUGAUGAUAAAAUAAAUUAUAAUAUGGAGAACAAAAAUAUAAAUACUUCCAGAGAAAAGACAGAAAAAUAUGAUGAAAACGAAAGUAAUAGAAAAUGGAAUUUGGUAUAUCCAGAUAUAUCAAAUAAUAAUGAAGAUGAAACGCGAGAUUUUUAUGAAAAUGAAAAUGAUAAUUACGAAGAUGAACAACAAAAAUUAAUUGAACAAAUUAUAGGAAUUAAUAAGAAAAAACACAAACUUAAUGAACUCACAGUAAACCAUAAGGAUGGUAAUAUAAGACAAGAAAAGGAACUACAAAUUUAUGGGAAAAAUAAUGAAAAAGAUGAUUUAUUUGAUAAGAAAAAAGAAGAAAAAUAUGAACAUGAUAUACAAGGUGAGAAAAAUGAUGUUCCUUUUGAUAACGUAAAAAAUAGUGAACAAAAGUGUAUGUAUCUUGUAGAAAUGGAGGAUGAACAUGAAGAACAAGAUCAUGAAUAUGACGAUUAUGAUGAGGAAUAUGAUGUGGAAUAUGAUGAGGAAGAUGACGAUGAUGAUGAUGAGACAUAUGAUGAUGAAGAUGAUGAGAAAUAUGAUGAUGAAGAAGAUGAUGAUGAUCAAUUGUAUGACGAAUGUGAUAAAGAAGAAUAUUAUAUUGAUGAUGAUUAUGUUUGUGAUAUGGACAAUUAUGUAGGUAAUAAUAAUGGACAUAAAAAUAAAAAUAAUAUAGACAUUGAUAAUAAGGACCAUAAUUCUUAUGAUAAUAAUGCAGAGCAAUGUCAAAAAGAUGUAAUAUAUGAAAAUAUAAUAGAUGAACAACAAGAUGAUGAAGAUAUGUAUAAAGAAUGCGAAGAACUCAAAGACGAAAUGGAAUAUAAAAAAAAAAGUAUAUAUAUUAAUGAAAAUAAACAGGAAAUGAAUAUAGAAAAACAGAAAUGUCAUGAAAUAAACGAUAAUAAAAAAUUAAGUGAUGUGUAUUUAAACCAAUAUGAUGAUGAGAAUGUUAAAUCUAAUAGAAAUACCAUUAAUGAUAAUGACGAAUUAAAAUAUAAUAACUCUUAUGACGAUGAAAAUUAUUCACUUACACAAAUAGAUGAAGAUAACACACAAGAUGAUGAAGAAUUAUAUAAAGAUUUAUUAGAUAUGUAUGAAGAAGAACAAUCAUGUAAAAAAAAUAAGGAAAGGUCAAAUAUAAAAAUAGAAGAAGAUGAUGAAGAAUUAGAAGAGUUAGUAGAAAAAAGAUGUUGUAAGAUAUAUAAAGGAAAAACUAAUAAAAAUACACACUAUGGAAAUAAGGGAAUGAAACUGAAAUAUGAAUCAACAGAAAAUAAAACAUCUAAUACAAAAUUCCCAAGAAAUGGUGAUUACAAAAGAGAAAAUAAUUAUUUUAAUAAUAUACGUUUAAAAAAAGAACAUAUAACUACUACAUCAUAUAACCAUAUUGGAUACUUGGGAAGUAAACAUUUAAAAAAGGAACAAUAUGAAGAUAGUUAUAUUAUACAAAGAGAUGAUAAUAAUAAUGAUAAUACCUAUGGAGAUGUAAAAGGUAAAAAUACUUUUAUAAAAGAGACAGUUCAAGAAAACCCACAACUACUACAUGAUUGUUGUGAUAUAGAAGAUAACAUAAAAUAUAAAAUGCUCAAUCAAAAGAGUAAAGAUCGAAUUGUAAAAAUAAAAAGGAAAAUAAAGAAAUUUAUAAAACUUACCAAAGGAGAAUUAAAACUCUUAUCUAAAUUAUUACAUCAUAAAUUUUUACUUAAUGAAAUUAGUGCUAUAGGUAAUUAUGAACAAAAAAAUCAAAAUAAUAUGGAAAUAUUAGAAUUAGAAGAAUUUAAAUUAAGAAAGGAUUUUCUAAAUAUGUAUUGUGAUUGUUUAUCAAUUGAAAUAACAAAUCAUGAAAAGGAAUUCUUAAAAGAGUUUCAAUUAUUUAUGCCAGACGUAAAUAUUAUGGCAGACAAAAAUAUUUUAUAUAUACUCAGGCAUUCAAAGAAUGAAAAAAAUUGUGUGUUUAAAUAUUUCUUGGAUGUAAAAGAAACAAGUCAUAAAAAUGGUACAAUGGAUAAUGUAUGA